AUGGCUACUAAACCAGUGCCAUUCCCCGGCUUCACGCCAAUCACUGAUCGGGUUUAUCUUCGCAAUGAUGAGAGGGUCAAGCCUGUCCCAGCAGAUGAGCCAACUACUAUCGUGAUUCUUGGCUGGGGUGAUGGCAUGCCAAAGCACGUUUCCAAGUACUCGGACGGCUUCCAUGAACUCUUUCCAUCCUCACGGAUCAUCGUUGUACUAUCAAGUACGAUGCAAGCAUCAAACCAACAGCUAGAAGCUAGGGUUGAAGCUAUGAAACCCGUGAUUGAUCUAGUCUUCCCAACUCCAACCGGCGAUGGUACCGACGAGGAGAGAGUACUUUUCCAUGCCAUGUCCAAUACUGGCGGUAUCUUCCUUGCAGCAGUGGCAGUUGCAUAUCAGCGACGACAUGGUACUGACAAGACUCUCCCGCAUCCGCUUCUCGUUUGUGAUUCAACUCCUGGAGGUCUGAACUUUGCGUCCCAGGUCGGUCGCUGGUCACGAGCGAUGGCAGUGGGAACAGCUAAGUUCUUCCCUUGGCCCUUUAUCGUCACGCACGCCCUGUGGUAUACGUUCCUCUGGGCCAAUUGGGCAUGGGAGCGGUUACGCGGCCUUGAGCCCUCAGGAAAUUGGGCCACGCGAAUCUUGAAUGAUCACGGCAUAGCCUCGACCGAUUCUACCAGGCUCUAUCUCUAUUCGAAGGAAGAUCAGAUUAUCUGGUGGGAAGAUCUGGAGGCCAAUGCCGCUGAAGUGAAGAGACUGGGCUACCCGGUUGAGAUGGAGUUGUUUGAAGGCUCUCUACACGUCGGACAUGGAAGAAUGCACCCUGAUCAAUAUUGGACGAAGAUUUCCAAUUGUUGGAAAGCGACCCAGUCUAAAUGA